AUGCUGAAACAGAUCUUAUCGGACAUGUACAUCGAUCCUGACCUGCUGGCAGAACUCAGCGAGGAGCAGAAGCAGAUCCUCUUCUUCAAGAUGAGGCAGGAACAGAUCCGGCGGUGGGAGGAAAGAGAAGCUGCUGCGGAGAGGGCUUCGGUGAAGAAGCCACCACCGAGGAAAGCCAACGGGAAGUCGGUGACAUGGAAGCUCGGUGCCGACAACGAUGUCUGGGUCUGGGUGAUGGGCGAGCAUCCUUCAGACAAGUCGUACGCGGCCAUCUGCGAGGAGAUCCAGGCACAACGGACAAAGCGGUUAAUGAGAGAGCAAGGCAAAGAGGGCAGGGAGAGCGACUCCUCUGUAACACGGUCUCUACAUCCAGAACCAGGAGUCCUGGGUGAGACGGAUCUUCAUGGGAUUAAAAAAACCACCGCGGAGGAAAAGAAGGAAAAUGGGAGAAAAAACACUGCUGCUACAACAGGGAGAAGCCAGGAGCUCACAAAGAGGGAAGCCAGGGAUGUUCACCAGAUGCUGGCAGCCUGUCACCUGAGGAAGCGUGGCAUCCAACAGAUGAAGGAAGCACAGAGGAGAAAUUCAGGAGAAGAGACCACAGCUCCCCAGGAGGCCGUACCACAGAGCCAGCCCAGCUCGGAGAGCCGCAGGACGCCGCAGAAAUCGGAUGAGAACGAGCCUGAAUGGCAGGAAUCCUUGCGGAAAUCCAAGGCAGCAGACGAGAAGAGACGCUCCCUUGCACGUCAAGCCAGGGACGACUACAGGAGGCUUUCGCUGCAGGGCAUCCACAGAGGGAAGCAGGCAGAUAUUUCCAAGGGUGCCUCGGCAGGAGAUCGGCGACCGCUCCAAUACCCGCCUCUCCCCCCCAAGCCUAAACUUGUGCCUCCUGCGAUGGCAAACGGGAGAGCGAUUAGGAAAGAGGGAAUCCAGAGGACGAUCUCCAAUUCCACCCAAGAAAGCAUUGUCAAGUGGUUCAAAGAGGAGCAGUUUCCCCUCCGAGCCGGCUAUGAGAAAAGCACGGACGUGAUAGCGCCUUGGUUCCACGGUAUUCUAACUUCAAAGAAAGCAGAGGAGCUGCUGAAUAAAACAGUGCCGGGGAGUUUUCUGGUCCGGGUCAGUGAGAAGAUCAAAGGCUACGUGCUCUCCUACCGCUCGGUGGAAGGAUGUAAGCACUUCCUCAUUGAUGCCUCCAGCGAUUCCUACAGCUUCCUCGGAGUGGACCAGCUGCAGCAUUCAACACUGGCUGACCUUGUAGACUACCACAAGGACGAACCCAUCACUUCCCUGGGGAAGGAGCUGUUGCUUUACCCGUGUGGCCAAGAGGCCCAAGAACCAGAUUACAUCUCUCUCUUUGAGUGA